AUGCAGUACACAUUUGGUUUAAUUGUACCAGGUGCGAUAAUUACUUCAAUUUUAAAUUCGACUCCUAUUAUUCGUCUUUGUGGUAGUCUACCUGAAUUAGGUUCAUGGUCUAUAGAUAAAGCACCACAACUUAAUCUUCUUACGAAAGAACUUUAUCGUCCUAUACAUUUAUCUAAUGAACCACGUUUUUAUCGACUUGAUAUAAAUAUAUCGAAAGAUGUGAAAGAAUUUGAUUAUAAAUAUGUUAUUAACGAUGUUAUGUGGGAAGGCAAACGACAAGAGAAUCGUGUAUGGUUCAGAGAUGAUUGUAAAAAUUUGGUUGAUGGAAUUUAUUAUACACCAAUUGAUUAUUGGAUUGAUGUUGACACAGGGGCAACGGAUGAAAAAACUCAUACAUCAAAUUUUUAUAAUGAAAUAGUUCGAAAUCAAAUUAUGCAUUAUGGUCGUGUUAAUGACAAAUUGUAUGUUGGAGGUUGCCCUCGUACAUUAGAACACAUUGAAAAUGUAUUAAAGAAAGAAUUAAAUGUAACAGCUGUUCUUAAUUUACAAGUUGUUAAAGAUAUUGAACGAAAUUGUAAAAAAAUUCUUGGUGAUGAUCACGUGCCAGAACCAAAUAAUGAAUAUGAUUUAGCAAGUGUUGAUAUAUUAAGAAAAGCUUAUGAACAAGCAGGAAUUUUAUUUUUAUGGGUACCAAUAACUGAUUUAUCAUCGACAGGAAGAGAAUUAAUGUCACCACAAGCUACAUUGGUAUUAAAAACAGUCUUAGAAAAAGGACAUAAAGUUUAUGUUCAUUGUAAUGCAGGUGUUGGACGAGCAUUUGGUAUUGUUUGUGCAUAUCAUCAUUUUGUUUUGAAGACUCCAUUACCAAAAGUACAUUAUGAUUUGGCUCCAAUACGUUCAUGUGGGUUUUUUGAUCGUGUAUUUCUUGAGAAUGCAGAAAAAAUAUACAAAAAAGCAUAUGAAUAA